AUGAGCGGUGAUAAUACGACCCAGUGUGUCAGGGACACUUUCGCCUCGACCGACGGGGCUCCACAGGUCCUUCGCGAGGUCAUCGACCUCAUUGCAUCCUACGUCGUUGCCGAUCUCGACCCCAAGAAGAUUCGGGAGGCAUACCCUAGUCUUCGUCACGGUGCUUUGGUAUGCCGUGCGUGGCGUGAAGCGUUCCAACGUCGUCUGUGCGACGUCGUUCGCCUCGAGAAUGAGUCCCAAGUGUGCCGUUUCCUCAAGUCAGGCCUGGUAGAGCGAUACCCCAUCAAAGACCUUUGCCUCUUAUCUCCCGGUCAUGAAGCGGAACAUAAAACCACAGGACGCAACAAGAGAGUCUGCAGAAGCUGCGUCGACAUUGUCAACACGGUCCGAGGCCUCCAAACGCUCCGAGGUUUGCCUUGCUAUCUCCCGUGGGACGAGGAGGUGGUCGACAAGCUCAAAAGUGAGUCCGUCGCCAUCCGAAUACAAAAUCAAUGCAUUUCCUCGUGAGUGCCCAUCUUACCUCACUGUAUUUUGUACUUCACAGAUCUCAAAAGGCUCUUCGUUCAAAUGUCCAACCAUCUCGGCACAAAAGCGGCUGGAACGCCGAGUCGGCGCGGUCGAGUACGUUGGUAGGAUCUACAAACGCUCGAUAUCAAUGGAAAUGAGAGUUACCAGUUUUUCUUCCAUUUCGCUUGGGCCUUAUCGAGUCCCAAGCUCACCUCACUUGGUCUACACGACCUCGAUUCAGUCGAUGAUGACGAUUAUGACUUCGACCUUGCGCUCAAGCCGCUUCUCAGGGAAAACGGGGCCAACCUCGAGGUCUUGACGAUCUCGGUGAUGGAUUGGGGCGUUCGUGACUUUGGCUUUGUAUCCGCCUUGCGGACCAAUAUCCACCUCUGUCCCAAACUCAAGGAGCUCGAUCUAAACCUUGUCUACGCGGAAUUGCCCGGACACCUCAAAUCGUGCCAAAGCUUGCUCGCCGCUUUGCCCACUACCGCCCCUAUCAAGUGCCUGCGCAUCUGUUUUGCGGUCGAAUCCGAGUAUCACAUUCGUUCAAUCGUGGUGAUGAUGAAGCACCUUAUUCAAAAUGAGAAUAUACCCCGACUUGACUCCCUCUGCGUCCGUAUUGUGGCUCAUGUCAAAUCGACGGAAUUCGAAGUUUUGGGCAGUUCGAAGGAAUCGCUCGACGACGCGUCGAUAGUGUCAAAACUCACGUCAGUCAUCGAGGGGUCUCUGUGGGACGACUUGAGGACUCUUUGCGAUUCAGUGGCGAUCAACUGCGUCGUCAAAUCGGUAGUCAUUUCUCCCUAUCCCUAG